UGCGCAUCUUGCGUUCCAAAGCCUUCGAAUGGGUUUGGCGAGUCUGCUUUCAGUAGCCGGUAUGCCUUUUCGAAGAGUCAGGGAGGCGAUGCGUCUGAAACGAUCCUGGCGUUCCUUCUUUCUCGCGGUCAAAGCGUGGUUCGUUGCGAGGCGUAGAGGAGUGGCUUUCCUGCUCCUCCUGAUCUUAGUGGCGGCUGCCCGCUUGCUGGAGGUGUUCCUGCAGGAGCGGUUCGAGCAACCGUCCGCCGUUGCGCAGCGCCAGCAGGUACCGAGCGUAACCGGCCUGGAGGCGACCACGAAGACGCCGACGAAGACGACGACGACCACGGUUGGGACGCACGCCGCCCCCUUGGAGAUCGGCCGCAACGUUCUUGGUCCCGCCUACAGAUCUUACGACCGUGCCGGUUUAGCUGCUACGCGAAAGCUUUGCCAGGAGGAGCCGGAACAUCUCAUAGGCCUGGUCCCCGUUGCAAAAGUGGUGCCCGAGUUCAAACUGCUGGAGCCCGCGUUCCUCCACGUCAAGCCCGGAGGCCGCUGGUGGCCGAGUCACUGCUUGGCGCGCCACCGCGUGGCCAUCAUAGUGCCUUACCGGGACCGGCUCAGGAACCUGCGCGUCUUCCUGCACCACAUGCACCAAUUCCUGCGCAAACAGGAGCUCGACUACGGCAUCUACAUUAUCGAACAGAGUGGCGACGGGGACUUCAAUCGAGCCAAACUGCUCAACGUCGGCUACGAGGUGUCCAAGACGAUGCACGACUACAACUGCUUCAUCUUCCACGACGUGGACCUGAUACCAGAGAACGACCGGAGCAUCUACGCUUGCCAGGAGAACCCUUACCACAUCUCCCGCUGUCUCGACAUCUACGAAUACAAGCCGUCCUACCCCACCAUAUUCGGCGGUGUGAGCGCGUUGAGUCAGGAGCACAUGGAGAAAGUCAACGGCUUCUCCAAUGUAUUCUGGGGCUGGGGAGGAGAAGACGACGACAUGUCGGUGAGGGUGCGCUACAGCGGCUAUAAGCUGGUGCACGCCAACUGCAGCAUCGGCCGCUACACCGCCAUGAAGCACGAAUAUCAAAAGCAAAGCGAGUCAAGGUAUCGUCUUAUAAGGCGCAGCUUCUUCCGCAUCUACAAGGACGGCCUCAACAGCCUCAAGUACAGGGUGCUCGACAUUGUCUUCAAGAAGCUCUACACCCACGUCAUAGUGGACCUUUUUCAGCACACGGCACCCAAGUGAAAAAGGAAAAAGAAAAGCACGCCCUAGUGAUCAACACAACACGAAGAACGUGCAAGCGAGCGGCGAUCCUGGAGCGCU